AUGGCAACCUCCUCUUUACAGAAAGCCAUCGAACUGGUAACUACAGCCACUGAAGAGGAUAAGGCAGGCAAGUACGAAACUGCACUCACAUACUACGAUCAAGCGAUAUCAUACUUUAUACACGCUAUUAAAUAUGAGGCUCAAGGAGACAAGCAGAAAGAAACCAUUCGUUCCAAAUGCACCACCUAUUUGAACCGAUACGAGCAAAUAAAGAAAUUUCUGAAGGAAGGUAAAGACAAGAAGCCUGUGAAGGAUGGAGGAAAGGACUCCAAAGAUAGCGAUUCCGAUGAGGAUGCGGACAAGAAGAAACUUCAGGAUAAGCUAUCCGGUGCUAUUGUCAUGGAGAAGCCGAACGUGAAAUGGAGUGAUAUCGCCGGGCUAGAAACAGCAAAAGAGGCACUUAAAGAAGCAGUUAUUUUGCCUAUAAAAUUCCCUCAACUCUUUACCGGGAAUCGGAAACCGUGGCGAGGUAUCCUUUUGUUCGGUCCACCAGGUACGGGUAAAUCGUACAUAGCCAAGGCAGUUGCAACAGAAGCUGAUAAUUCAACGUUCUUCUCUGUUUCCUCAUCAGAUCUCAUGUCUAAAUGGCUCGGCGAAUCUGAGAAGCUUGUGAAAAACUUGUUUGCUCUUGCCCGGGAGCACAAACCGUCCAUUAUUUUCAUCGACGAGAUUGACUCAUUGUGCUCAUCGCGAUCAGAUAAUGAAAGUGAGAGCGCACGGCGUGUAAAAACAGAAUUUAUGGUGCAGAUGCAAGGUGUUGGCAUGAAUAACGAUGGCAUACUUGUGCUUGGAGCCACUAACAUUCCGUGGAUACUAGAUGCCGCCAUUAGGAGGCGUUUCGAGAAGAGAAUCUACAUUCCUUUGCCUGAGGCUAACGCACGAAAAGAUAUGUUCCGACUCGAUGUUGGGCGUAAUAACAACAACCUGACUGACAAUGACUAUAAGAUGCUUGCUGAACGUACUGAAGGUUACUCCGGUUACGACAUAAACAUUCUUGUUAAAGAUGCCCUGAUGCAACCAGUUCGACGUGUUCAGUCCGCAACUCACUUCAAAUAUGUGAGCGGCCCAUCUCGAAAAGACCCAUCCGUUAUUGUUCAUGACUUAUUAACACCGUGCAGCCCGGGUGAUCGAGGAGCAAUGCCGAUGAGCUGGUUGGAUGUACCUGGCGACAAACUGGCGGAACCCAUACUCACUAUGCAAGACAUGAUGAGAUCCCUGGCAACGGUGAAACCUACUGUCAAUAACGCAGAUCUUACGAAACUGGAGCAGUUCAAGAACGACUUUGGUCAAGAAGGAUAA